AUGGAGGCCCUCAGCGACUAUGGCAGCCCGCUACUUGAACAAGCCUCGGCCUUCUGGACUGACAUUGUGGAAACCUACUCCGAGCAACGAAUCGAGUUCGUGGGGACAUUACUCGUUCAAGUCUUCACAUUCUGGCUGCCGUCGAUCGUCUAUCUCUUCCUAGAUGUGAUUGCGCCCACCUUCAGCCAGCGGCACAAAAUCCAACCGGCCCCAAAACAGCCAACUCGCAGCGACAUCAUACGCUGUUUCGUCGUGGUCACUCAGAACCAGAUCCUCUCUUCAGUGCUACACCUCAGCCUCAUUUAUCUUACCAGUAAAGCUGGAUCGGGAUCAGCCUACCGUGUCACCACAGAGCUACCAUCGGUCUUUGAAUUCGUACGCGACUUCGCGCUCAGUCUGCUCCUCCGAGAAGCCAUGUUCUACUACAGCCACCGACUCCUUCAUAUCCCCUAUCUCUACCGACGCAUCCACAAGAAGCACCACAAGUUUACUGCGCCCAUCGCGCUAGCAGCGCAAUUCGCGCAUCCCAUCGAACAGAUCUUCGCGAAUGCGCUACCAAUCUCGCUGCCACCGCAGCUGCUCCAUAGCCACGUGCUAACCUUCUGGGCAUACCUUGCUUGGGAGUUGUUUAAUACGGCGACCGUACACAGCGGGUACGAUUUCUUCCGGAAUAAGGCGAAGAUGCACGACCUUCACCAUGAGAAGUUCAAUCUUAAUUAUGGGUCAAUUGGAUUUCUUGACUGGGUACAUGGCACUGAUAAGUUGGGGAAGCGACACUCCGAGUAA